GUAUAUAUAUAUAUAUAUAUAUAUAUAGACGUAUAUAGAGAGGCACAGAUAGGCUCUUGCAGCUAGUGUGUCAAGUGUGUCGUCGCCGUGAAGUUCAGUGGUGUAUAUAACUCUCGGGGAUUCUGCUCCGACUGAUACUGUAUACCUUCAAGAGUACUAUCAUUAUCCCAUAAGGGAAGACGAGGAGAGAGGUGUGUAUAUACGUGUAUGCAGUGCGUGUAUAACAAGCUGACAGGAGCAUCAGCAUCCUCUUUCCCCCACUCUUGCGUGCUGUUCUUGCCUUGUUGUUUUUCUCUUCCUCUUCAGUGACAAUCGCACGCAAGCUCGCAAAAUCAUCCGUACCUACAACAUUUCGCGAGAAAAAAAGAGUGAUCAGAAAAAUUACCAAGAAAAGAGUCAGGAAAAAAAAAAAAAAGUGCGAGGUAAAAUUAUACACACGGUGCAUCUACAUCCUAAUAAUCAUACACUUAUCCUGCCAGACUAGCGAGUAGAGUGUUCACGUUCGUCCUAUCCUCUGUCUGUCCUGUGACUCUUCGUCGUCAUCGUCUGGUUGAUAUUUAAGUAUACCUGUAUAGCACUUUGUGUGCUCGGUUCAGUGCGACAGAGAGAACAAGACGUGGUGGGAAGAGAGGAAGAAUUAGAAGACGACGAGAAAAGGAGCCAGGAAGCAGGAGGAGGAAAAAAAAAAGAAGCUUUCGGGCAGCAGCAACGGCGCGCCUCGCAUGAACACUCCUCUCGAAGGAAGAGACGUGGUGAAGAAGACAAAAGAUUAAAAAAAAAGAAGAAUAAAAGAUUCCACGUCUCUUUUUUAGCUGCACAGGUAUACAUCGAGCACAGAUCUACCUCGACGUCAAUUAUUAUCGUGAAUCUGAUACUGAACAAACUUACCUCCUCUUUUUGUCUGUUUGCCGAUUGUUUAAACAAGUCGAUGGACAGAGGCCAGUGUGUACACUGAUCGUUAACAAAUAACUAUACAGCCGAUAAACCGGUAGUCACCAGGUACUUGUAGGUGGUUCACUUAAGUGUACGUUCAACGCGUUUACCGUGUGACAGACAGAAAGAAAGUAAGGACAGAGAGUGAGAAUAUCGGUAUAGAGUUGAGGUUAGGUUGUUUGUUGCGUGCGCGUUUCGUCGAGAGAAAGGCUGCUUAAGUGAUAGAGGAUAGAGGAGAGGCUGCCGAGCGCGACCAUCACGAGUAGGUUGUACAUGCAAGCAGUACUGCACGUCGUGCCAGCAACCUGGAGCAGCUAAUAAUUGGAGAGAAGCUGCAGCCAAGAAGACGACGACGACGUAAGGACGUUGUAGUCGAGAACGACGUUAACAACGAACAGCACGACGACGGCGUUGGCACAUCAGAGGACAGCAGUAGCAGCAGCCCGAUGCCGAUCGACAACGUCGUGGUUGUCAGUAAAAGUCGUCGUGGGAGGAGCAGCAGCAGUGGCUAUAACCAUCACCAGGUCGCCGACGCCGAGACGCCGGCAGCGACUACUACUGCAGUUAUCAAAGCUCCCUGCAGCGUUCCGUCUUCGUCAGCGGCGGCAGCGGCGCCGUCAACAUCACCGGCCACUGCUGCACGUAUGCUGAACUUCCUCGCCAGACUGUCAGGGAGGCGGCGGCACGUGCGUCGCUUUAGAAGUAGCAGCAGCAGCAGCAGCAGCAGCACGACGACGGCGGCGGUGGUGGUGGCGGCAGCGGAGCCAGGUGCUAGUAGCAGAAGCAACCCCACACCGGCAGCCUGCGGCACAGCCGGCGUCCUGCAUCAGCAGCCAAAGCCAGCGCCAGUCAUGGAUACGAGCCAGCAGCAAGAGCUGGACCUCAGCUCGAGCAGGAGCUGUUGCCGCUGUCAGCUCGAAGAACCAUUGUCGUCGUCGUCGUCAUCGUUAUCGUCAUCAUCUUCGUGGUCGUCGUUUCCAACGACAGUAAAAUCACAGGAGCAAUCGUCGAGAGAGGAAGAAAGGAUCUGCUGUAGGAGGCCCAGCAGGCUUACAAGCGACAGUGGCGACGAUGAUAGCUGUUGCGGGAAAACGCUGCUGUCCUGUUGCUGUUGUGGUAGUUCGAACUCUGCCGCCCUCAGUAGUACCACCCCCUCGUAUACUUCCACCUUCUCGUGCACGAGGUGCCAGUCUGCCGCAACGACGCAUACGAUAGCGACGACGACGACGACGACUACGACGAGGCGACAGGAUUGCAGUUGUCGAGACUGCAGGGACAUAGUCCUGAAACAGAGGAGGUGCAGUCCUUCGCCGAGCAGAACGCGGUUUAGUGGCAGAAGCAGCAAAGCUGUGGCUCUAGCGUUAAAAGUGAGGUCGAGCCUAUCGAGACUUUUCUGUAGGCCACCCUACCUGGCGACCCUGCUCCUGCUCUCGUACAGCCUCAUCAGUGUCACAGAUGCGUGCUCGGCGCGCUCGACACCCAAGCCACGGCCGACAGCGCCCACACCGCGGCCCAACAUCACAUUCCAAAUGUACUCGUGUCCUCCCGACUACGCGGAAUGGUACUGUCUCAACGGGGCUACCUGCUUCACGGUCAUGAUAGCCGACUCGCCUCUCUACAAUUGCCUAUGUUCGAACGGCUAUAUCGGGCGAAGAUGCGAAUUCAAGGAUCUUGACGGUACCUACCUGCCGUCCCGGCAACGCAUCAUGCUCGAGACCGCGGGUAUUGCAGGAGCCGUCACGAUAGCAGUAUUCCUCGCCGUCAUCACCUUCAUAUCAGUCUACAUUCACUGUAAACGAAAGCAGAAGGAAUUACGCAUGUUAAGCUCCGGCGUCGACGCGGUGGAUGGACCCGCUCGAGAUCCCGAGAUCAGGCCAUUUUGCAGUCGCAGUCGCUCUCUCAUGAUAUUCAUGGCCAAGAAUCCUAAUAGCUCG